AUGGUAGACACUUCAGUGCCCUCUCGUGUGACGCAGCUCCCAAUGGGCGACGAAGAGCUACGCUACAGCACUUCAGAAAUCCAAGAAUACUUCCAGCGCAUCAAGCUCCCUCGGCAAUAUCUUGACUCGCCUGUGCUGUGCGACGCGGCCCUGGCCCAGACCAAACAACACGGCCUUGCCCUUUUACACGCCAUAACCCGGUACCAUGCGUGUAAUGUGCCGUUUGAAAAUCUCGAGCUCCAUUACUCGGCACGCAAGGUCAUCACGCUGCAGAUGGCGGAUCUAUAUGCCAAGAUUGUCACGCAGCGCCGCGGAGGUCGCUGCAUGGAAGGCAACACGUUUUUCGCCACGGUCCUGCGUUCCCUGGGCUUCCAUGUGCGCAACUGCGGCGGGCGCGUGUCACGCGCUAUGAGUCCCUACCCCGAGGUUCGCAAGAAGCAAGCGUCUACAUAUGAUGGGUGGAACCACAUGCUCAACCUCGUCCGAUUCGACGGCGUCUGGUACGUUGUGGAUGUCGGCAUGGGCGCCAUGGGCCCCAACAUUCCUUUUCCCCUGGAACAUGGAUUCCAAACGACCAGCGUGGCUCCCAGGCUGAUUCGUCUCCAACGACGCGCAAUACCCGAGUCGUACGCAACCAGCUCCAACGAACUCUGGUGUUACGACGUGUGCUACGCUCCGAGCGCUACUGGCGACAACAAAUGGACGCCUGUGUAUUGCUUUACCGAGACGGAGUUUCUGCCUCAAGACUACGAAAUCAUGUCGUGGUUUACAUCGACGAACCCACGAUCCUUCUUUACCAAGUACGUUACGAGCACGAGGAUGCUGAUGGACGACGCUGGAGACAAGAUUAUCGGCAACAUUACCCUUUUCGAGGGCGGCAUCAAGAAGAGUAUCGGCCUGGACCGCACGACUGUAAAGGAGUGCACAACAGAAGACGAGCGUGUGGCUGCAUUGAAAGACAUUUUCGACAUUGACUUGACGGACGAGGAGAGGAAUGGGAUUUCAUCCGAACUUUGUCUUGGUUAG